AUGGCCAAUCGUCUUCCUGUUGUCGCACUAGUUGCAUUGGGCUUGCUCGUUGCGAUUAGCCUAGAUUCCCUGUAUGGCCUCCUUUACCGAAAUGGCUACUUUCAUGCUUUGAUCCGACUUCGUGACCAGGGGCCGCAUUAUCUCCCAGGAUCGUACUCGCCCAUUCUCACCCGCUACGUUCGAAUACCGCCCUUGGACAAAGUACUGACCCUAGCUACCGUCAUGUUUGCUAAUGUCACUGAUGGUUCUCGGCCUCAGCUUUCGCUGUACGCCGUCCAAUUCGGCGGUCAAUUUUUUGGCGUUCUUGCCGUAAUUAUUCUCGAAUCCCUUCGAAGCGGCAACCAGCGUAAUGCGCUUCGUUUUGCUUCGGUGUGGGGUUGUGCCAUGCAGAUGGCUGCAUACGGCUUCGUCAUGCCCGUCUAUUGUAUAGUCCACCUGAUCACAUCGCCCACUUCCCAGGGAAUCAGCCCGGCAGUUCACAAAGCAAUACGAGUUUCAGAACUGGCGACUGUACGAGCCUUGCCUUUAGCCCUUACCGCCGGCUACAUCCUACCAGCGAUUUUGAUGGCAUGGCCCUUCUCCUCAAACAGCCUUCACCAAUGGUUUGGCGGCCUCUGGCAAGGAUGUCCCAUUUGGACAGUGAUUUUUCAGAAUGUUCUCACUGAAUGGAUCCCAAUAUGCAGGGGAGUUCAGGGGAAAAGAGCUCGAUCUUCCUCAGCGGUCCCAUGCUCUCAAGGGGAUAGCGUCAGCCAACGGCAAGACUUCUCCCGUGUCUAUUAUUUCGCCUUCAUGGCCUGUUUCAUCUCUCAUUUGGGGCCCCUCAUUCUCAUCGGAAGUUGCUCACUAUAUCCUGGCGCCUUUUCUCCGUAUCUACGGGAUAGCUGGACGAUCUCAAGUGUCUUCGUGCCGUCGCCACCCCGCCCGACAACGCCCAUGGAAUCCAUGGCUUCUGCAAUGCAUCAACUCCUCCACUAUGAUCAGUACAUCGGAUCAGCAGCAUGCUUGAUCUGGUCAAUUACUCUAUACGCGAACGCGAGCAUAACUCCCAUGACCAAAAAGGCUUGGGCUACUCUGAUGUUUGAAAUUGUUUGUCUUUGUCUGCUGGCAGGGCCUAUUGGGGCAGUGCUGUGCUUGAUGUGGAACCGUGAUGAUGCGGUGCUUAAAAAACGCCGCUACAUUGAUUGA